AAGGCUAGUCGCGCCGCACGAGUACCGACCGCCGGAUCGCCGGCAAUUCCCUCGCGCCUCGCUCUCGUAUACACACCGUUCUCGUACACCUCAACCGUCCUAGCGUCCUAGGACAGUAUCGUUGUACCUAGUUUAUUUUUGUUUCAUCACAUCUCAUCGACAUUUGUGCCAAACGACCGUUGUGAAACGAAAAAUCGUCUGUUUCUUGUAAAAAUUGAGAAUCUCAAUAUUUAUAAAGUGAUCUCGAAAUUAGAUUAUAUUACUGUCAUAUUAUAAUGCUACUAAAUGAUAUCACUGUGUCACCUGCCACUCCAUCAAACCACACGUUGUGACCGGACUACAGCGAAAAACAUCACCGCCGUAGUCGUGUCGAAUUGGCUCCCCGCAUAGGAAUCGCCUAGAGUCAGCGAAGAGUUUUAUAUUUAUAGUAUUCAUAGUCAAUAUUACGAGUUUUUAAGAGGACGGUAUACCCGCAUGUGUUGUCUCCGUCUUACAAGUGCGUAUAACAUAUCAAAUUUUACGCUCAGCAGAACACGUGUAGCUCCGUUAGUAUAAAAAUUAGAGCGAAUUGACCUCUUAUAAAAUCUAAAGGUGUUAAGGAAUUCCCACUUUACUACCAGCUAGAUGGAAAAAGGUCGUUUUCGAAUGCUUCAACCGCUAUCGAAAACCAAACUUUCGGUGCAGGCGUGACAAAAUAUGAUAUGUGCAGCUCGUGCGCGAAGGCAAUUUCAGUCUUGUGCAAAAUGCGGCCUUAUCGCUACGCAACGUGAUAGUACUCGCCUGCGACCGAAAUAGCGAAAUAGCUCACUUCCCGCCCUUGCCACACAAUAUACUGUAAGCUAAUAUAGUUGGCAGCACUAACACUUGAGCUCCGCCGUGCGGCUUGACCCGGCUGCCUUUAGGCAUGUUCCUUCUGUUUCGCCGUUACCGCCGAGCACGACGAACGUGUCCGCGGACGAAUUGCCAUCAUUUGGAAAAUGUUUUCUCUAAGGAAGCUAGCCUACUAUGCUUGCGAUGACGAAGAAAGAACAUUUUAUGACGAUUUAGAGACAAUAAAAAUCGACAUUCAACAUUGUUGUAUCGAUUUAUUGAGAUUUCUAAAAAAUGAGACAAAAUCAAAUAUUAUGUAUGACAACAUUGAUUUAAACUAUGACGAAUACUCGAUGAUUGAGAAGGCCUCAGCUAGUGGACACCUGGAGUGCUUGGCGUUCGCCGAAAGUCGCGGGUUUCCAUGGACGCGAACCAUAUGCGUGCAGGCGGCCGCCAAUGGACAGCUUGAGUGCCUUAAGUACGCACACGAACGGGACUGUCCAUGGGACGAGUCGGUGUGCGAGUACGCCGCGGCCAACGGCCACUUGGAGUGCCUGCGAUACGCCCGGGAACAGGGUUGUCCAUGGGACUUGUACGCGUGUGAGAAAGCGGCCAGAAAUGGCCAACUCGAGUGUCUGGCGUACCUCCAAGACAACGGGUGUCCCUGGGACGAGUCCACGUGUGAGGCGGCCGCGGCAGGUGGGCACAUCGACGUACUGCGGUAUGCGUACAAUCAUGGCUGUCCCUGGGACUCGGCCACGUGUCGGGAAGCCGCGGCCCACGGCCACCUAACGUGUCUAGUGUACGCACAUGAAAAUGGUUGUCUGUGGGAUUGCACGACAUGUGAAGAGGCCGCAGCUGGCGGCCACCUCCGCUGUCUAAUGUACGCGCACAACAACGGCUGUAUUUGGGACAUGUCCACGUGUGACGAGGCAGCGUCAAACGGGCACGGUCAAUGUCUGGAAUACGCACUGGAAAAUGGUUGCGAGUGGGACGGACGCAUUCCAUGGUAAUAGGCAAUAGUACUUUCAUGUAUUAUCAUCUCCAUAUUCUGUCCAUGUGUGUCUCUGAACUCCUCCUAAACUGCUGUACCGAUUUUGAUUUUUUGUGUGUGUGAGUGGUUCCUUGGAUGCUUUAGAUUUACAAUUGGACCGUGUAGGUCCAACCUAGAGAGGUGGAUAUUUUGAGAUUUCUGAUGGGAAUGUUUGUUUAUAAAUAGUUGUCGUGAGUUAUAGAAGAGAUAAUUAGUAGAAAUAAGUAAUUUUUUUUUUGUAGAUAAAUGAUUACUAUUAGUUACUCGGGUAGAUAAGGUAAAAGCAUAAAAUCGUCACGUUUAUAGUUUUGAAUAAAGUAAUUAUUAAAACAAAUAUGAGGGUUGAGUAUAUUUGUAGCUAUUAUAUAUAGGUGCUCAAAAGCUAACCUAACCUAACUGAUUUUGUGAAAAUGUCAAAUUGUUCUUGGAGAUAUCAGGAAAGUUUAAAGAGUAGUUUGAAUCACAUUUGAUUUAUACCAAGUGCUAUAUCCAAUCCACAAAAAGUUAAAUGUCCAUCUUGGUCGAAAUAAAAAUUUUGUAUUUUUUCAUUUUCCCAUGGGCGAAAUCGGGUUAUACAACUAAAAUUGGACAUUAGUUCAUCCGAAGUUAAUAGCCUCAAAAAACGACUGGACCGUGUUCAAUAAAAGUGUAUUGUGUAACUUUUAGUAUAUUGCAGUUGUUCACGAUGAAGACAUUUUAUAUAACAGACAAUAAGUAAUAAUUCAAAUUAGAUUAACAAAAGUUUGAAUAGACAUAUUGGUCAAUAUUGGUCAUCCUGUAUUAUACAUGUUUUGGAGUUAAUUUUUUUUAUAAAUACCUGACUUUAAAUUCUUAAAUCAUACAAACCUUAAUUAAUUUGGUUUAACGAACAUUCUUGUCUUAUAAAAUAAAUACCUAUUGUACGACGACAAAUCAUUGUUUAUGAAUAUUAUGCUUCCAUUUGCCCAGCUUCCAUUUACCAUAUCCAUUUUUUUUUUUAGCAGACUCCAUUAUGUUUUGUUUGUUUUCUAUCGUGUAAGAUUACAAUAAUGUUUCUUGGUCUAUUACUUUGUUUAGAAUGUGUAGUGUGAACGAAAAAACAUUAACUAUUGCUAACUUAAAUAUAAUAAAGUUUUUGGCCAAAUAAGUGUUUCAUACGUGUUUUAUAUAUUGGUCUUAAGCUAUGCCAAACUUUAAAUAUUAAUAUAAAUCAUUUUUGUAAUUUAAAUUCUUUCAAAAGCUAUGUAAAGAGUCUUGAUUUAUCUAGUAUAUAAUUAAUAUUAGUAAAUUUAAAUACUAUUUACUUAAUUAUACUAUAUUUUUUCUUUCUUUAUUUUAGACAUUAGAAUACAUUUUAUUCUAAUAUGUACAAUUACUUUAUGCUAUUAUAUGUAAAUUUUAACUGAUAAGAUCCGCUUCCCCAGCACAAGGUUGGCUUUUAAGGAGUGCUGCCAUUUGAUUUAUGUUAAUUGUAUAUAAUAUUAUAAUGUAUCACCUAUGUUUUUUCAAAAUAUAUUAAUAUUAUUAUUAUUAUGAUUAUUAUUAUUAUAACUUACUUCUAGUCUGGAUGCAUUAAGUUCAAUAACUUCUUUACUACUUUUAUCAGUUUUUAAAUCAUUCUGAUUUUCUCCACAUUGUUCACAAUUUGCUUUUGCUCCAAGAUAUAUAUUUUUCGAUUUAAUUUUCUGACGUCCUCAUAUAGUUUUCUAUUAUUUAAUUUUAAUUUUUAAUUAUCUUCUUUCAGUUCUUUAACUAUUUUAUUUUUUUGUAACCAAGAGCAACCUUAUAAUAAAUAAAAAUAUAAUUAAUAUAUUAUUUUUUUGCCGGACAGAUGGAGCGACUGUUGUAUUUUUGCCAUCCAGAUUCUCUACUUAUCUAGUAGAUUUAACCAAAAUGUUUUUUUAUACAACCCUUAUUUACACAAUAAACAGAAUCAGCCAAAUCAGUCAAGCUGUUUUUGAGUUUUAUCGAGACUAACGAAGAGCUUUUCAUUUGAUUUUAAUUUAUAAGAUUAGCUGCACAGAUGGCGCCAUUUUGGUAUUUUGUCAUCCAGAUUUCAUACUUUUCCAGUGGAUUUUUCUAAAAUUUUCUUUCAUACAAAACUUGUCUACAGCCACAAAAAAAAAAGAAUUAGCCAAAUAGGUGCAGCCGAUUUGAAGUGAUGCGUGGACGUUGUGGCCUUUGAUUUUUAUUUAAAUAUAAAAUAAAAGAAUAACAGUCAAAAUACAAAAAAAAACCGUUUAAUAGGUAAAUAGCACACAAGUUAUUUUAGAUAUAUUUAAAGAACUUUUGGUAAAAAAUGUAGUACGCCAUCAUUUUAUUAAGGAAUCAAGCAGUUUUAUUUUUGCAUUCAAUUUAAUUGUUUUGAUUUUAUUGGAUGUACAAAACAAGUAUUAUACAGCAUAAGUCAAGGGUAAAUUAAAUAAAUAUAAUAUUAUAUAGAUUCCAAAUACAUACGUACCGUUUGAGGCGAGUAAUAACAUUUUUGAAACAUUUGUACCUAAAUUAUUAAUUUUUAAGACAUAAUUUUUGGUAUGGUUUUUACCGUUGGCUAUGGACUAUUAACUUCGUUUAUGGUUGACAUGACAAUAUAUAAUAUAAUAUUGAAAUUUAGCAUACUACAAUAGUUACACAAAAACAACAGAAAACGGGAACAUUACAAUUAGCACACGUAAGUAGUUUGUCGGCAUUAUGAAGACAAAUAGAUCAACAUGAUUGUAAAAUCGAUACAUUAAUUAAAGGCAGGCUACAAACACAUAAGUCACUUAAGUCUCUUGAACCUCAGUGUGGGACCAGUAAGCGUAUUCCAGGAGAAUGCAGUCUUGUGUGAAGUGAUGUUUCUGUUAUGACAUAUAAUAUAUGUAAGCAUAAUAUCUUUGUAUACUUAUUACUAUUAGUUAUUAA